UCUCGACAGCUAGUUAAAAUACCAAACAAUCCUAAGACAAUGGAGGAAGUUAAUUUUAUUUAUUGCUGGCUUCAGCGUCUAUUCACUUCCACCUUUGAAUAUUCAGAAUUCAAUUCUGUUUUCAAUCCUGAAUUUAUUAAUUUAAUUUUCGAAGAAAAUGGCCAAUAUUUAAAUAUAAAAAGUGGAGUUUUGCAAGGUUUUGAGGCUAAAAAUCAAAUCAACGCAAUUAAUUUUGUAAAGGAAUAUUUAAAGAAGGAAGAUAUUGAAAAUUAUAAUAGACCUAGAGAUAAUAAUUGGUUUAUUAGAUUUUCUUGAAAAUUUUCUUUUGAAAGACGUGUUUGUACAUAUGAAUUUUUAAUUUUUUUUUAAUUUUAAAUAAUCUUAAAUUUACUAAUUUUAAAUAAAAUACAUGUGUACAUACAUAGUAACUAUUAUAAAUAUUUUUUGAAAAUUUAUAUUUUCUUUUUUUCCUGUUUUAUUUUACAUUUUGUAUUUUUUUAUUUUUAACGUUUUUUUGAUUUUACGAAAUAAAGAUUUUGGAUCAUUUGGCAUAUUUCUCGUUUCUGACCAUUUUUUAGGAUUUUUUGUUUUACCGUUUUGUCGUUUUCUACGAUGUUUUAUUUCCGGGACGC